AUGAGCAAUGCGCUCUGGGUCGCAUGGCGGAUACCAUGCUCGGGACUCCGAAGUCCCAGUGUGUUACCUCCAGUCUCCUUCCGUCCGAUUUGUCGGAACCUCCGCAUGACGCCAUGGAGUUUGUCCAGCAGCCCGAUCAACCGCCCUUUCAGUUCCUUACACCCCACGUCUCUACAUGGACAUCGGCCUAGUGCCUCCACGAUCAUCUCUCAAAAUGAUGGCCCUGCACCCACCCAACGAAGGUUGAAACGGACCACUGCAGCCGCAGCAGCUGCAGCAAAGACAUUCGAGAGCUUGCCAGGCGAGAAACCACGUCCCGAUGCACAGAUCAAGUCGAUUUUCGCCUCCAGCAAGAUUUCCGCAAGACUAGGGAACCGCACAUUGGCAGUUCUUCAAGCUCGCCGGGUAGAAGGUACCCUCGACCUCGACCUACCAUCCGACAUUACUCGUGCCGUGCCCCAAUUACAACUCGAUACCGCGUUGGAGUGGCUGCGCCAGAACUAUCCCAUCGACGAGGAUGCCGCAAUCCUAGCCCGGAUUGAACGAGAGGAAUACGAGGCGGAACAAAAGCUUGUCCGACGUGCGGAACAGCUGGGUUUGUACAAGCCCCAGAGUGGGUCCUACGAGGCAGAGCUUGGUGAAGACAAAUCCGUCUAUGGAAAGAGUGUUCUCAAAGAGGCGCGGGAGAAGAAUGAGAAGCGAUUAUUGGCCGAGAAGGAGCGCAAACGUCAACAGUGGCUUGAGGGUGAAAAUGAGGAACUUGAGCGUUUGCAACGUCAGGUUGAAGGGAACACGGCGCUGCAGAGAUAUCAAGAGUCUGCGUUGACAGAAGCUCGUCCUCGCGCGGAUCCUAAUGAACGUCCCUACCUUGCGUGGGUUCAGAAACACCACAUCGCGGGAACUCUAAAUCAAGAGGAGGCUGUCAAUCUGACCACCUCUCAACGCCUUCUUGCACCGCUGAUCUUCACCAUUAUUACCCUAGGCCUUUGCUAUGUCUUUGCCCAAAACUACGAGGCCCCUGCUCGACAAGAUCGCAUGUGGCCGGAUAUUCCUCCCGCAGCAGCAACAGUGGGAGCUAUCAUUGGUGCCAACCUCGCCGUCACCUUCUUGUGGAAAUAUGUUCCUCCAUCAUGGAGAUUGCUCAACCGCUUCUUCGUCAUUGUUCCGUUCUAUCCAAGUGCUCUGGGUGUUCUCGGUAGCACAUUCAGCCAUCAGACGUGGAGACAUCUUGCCACGAACAUGAUGGUUCUGGGUCUCAUGGGAACCCGAGUCCACGACGAACUUGGCCGUGGAAACUUCCUGGCUAUUUAUCUAGCCUCUGGAGCCGUUGGCUCCAUGGUAUCUUUGUCACGUAGCGUCCUUCUUGGGUACCUUGGUAUGACAUCACUUGGUGCUAGUGCCGCUACCAGCGGUAUCGUCGCAGCAUGGUGCAUGUAUCACUUCGAUGACAAAAUCACCAUGUGGAUCCUGCCCCGUGAUCUCCGCGAGACGCUCUGGACUCAGGGCUGGAUCUUCCUAGCCUGUCUGGUUGCCACCGAACUCUUCAGUAUGGUAACACCAGCACGCUUCCUGCGGGUCUGGCCCCUCUCACGACUCACCAAGAUGGACCACGCCGCUCACUUGGGCGGUUACUUCACCGGAGCUGGAUGCGGCUAUGCACUGAUCCAGCAGCGGAGGGCGCGGGAGCGAGAGCAACGAGCCCGUGAUUCACAAUGGCUUGAUAAGUUUGUGCGGUAA